AUGGAGCCGCGCGUGGGUAACAAGUACCGCCUCGGCCGCAAGCUCGGCAGCGGCUCGUUCGGGGAGAUCUACCUCGGUACUAACGUGCAGACCAACGAGGAGGUCGCGAUUAAGCUUGAAAAUGUGAAGACAAAGCAUCCUCAGUUGCUGUAUGAGUCAAAGUUGUACAGAGUACUGCAGGGCGGAACUGGGAUUUCAAAUGUCAAGUGGUUUGGUGUUGAGGGUGACUACAAUGUUCUUGUUAUGGAUGUGUUGGGGCCAAGCCUUGAAGAUCUUUUCAGCUUUUGCAACAGAAAACUGUCGCUCAAAACUGUUCUGAUGCUUGCUGAUCAAAUGAUCAACCGAGUUGAAUUUAUACAUUCAAAGUCCUUCUUGCAUCGAGAUAUAAAGCCAGACAAUUUUCUCAUGGGCCUUGGAAAGAGAGCAAAUCAGGUAUAUAUGAUUGACUUUGGACUGGCAAAGAAAUAUAGGGACACGUCAACGCACCAGCACAUUCCAUACCGGGAGAACAAAAAUUUGACUGGGACAGCUCGAUAUGCGAGUGUAAGCACCCAUCUCGGAAUUGAACAAAGCAGAAGGGAUGACAUGGAGUCUCUUGGAUAUGUACUCAUGUACUUCUUGAGAGGAAGUCUCCCAUGGCAGGGUUUAAAAGCCGGUACGAAGAAACAAAAGUAUGAGAAAAUCAGCGAACGGAAGAUUGCCACUUCAAUUGAGGCUUUGUGUCGUGGAUACCCUUCUGAAUUUCAGUCAUUCUUCCAUUACUGCCGCGCACUGCGUUUUGAAGACAGUCCAGACUAUCAAUACCUGAAGAGAUUGUUCAGAGAUCUUUUUAUUCGAGAGGGAUUCCAGUUUGAUUAUGUUUUUGACUGGACCAUUCUUAAAUACCAGCAGUCACAAAUGACCAGUGCUCCACCACGUGCUAUUGCCGCUGCUGCAGGACAAAGCUCGGGGAUGGCUCCAAUUGCAAGUAAUAAUAGACUGUCAGUGGAGCAGGCUCGUAAACUGUUUCCCGUUAUCUUGCUUAGGAGUAGCACACAUCCUGUUUCAGCCACCGAAGAGGGAAGAAGUGGGUGGUCAGAUGAUCCUACACGACGUCAAGUUCCACCUACAGGAAUAAAUGCAGGCAGCUUAGCGAAACAGAAGUCACCAGUUAGACCAGAUGUGUCCGCACCAAAGGAAGCUGUGUUGUCCAGUUCGACUUUUUUGGGUCGGUCAGGCGUGUCCUCAAGGCGACCUGCUGUUUGUAGUAGCCGAGAUUUGCCAAGCAGUGAGGCUGAACCAUCGCGUAGUCGUGCACCAGACGUGAGUCCAGGGACGUUCCAGAGAAACUCAGCCCCACGGAGGACCUCACAGACGCUUGACUACUCUGACCCCAGGCACAAGUCUAACAGCAACAACUACGAGUCCACUAUAAGGGGCAUCCGGGGCCUAAAUUUCAAUGCCAACGAUAGGAUCCACUACUAG